AUGUCUUCGUACGCGGUAUUCUUGACGCUCAUUGGGGCAAUACUUGUCUCUGGUGCUCAUGGAGCUAAUAUACUAGGCAUAUUUAGCUGUCCUAGCCCCUCACAUUUGAUUGUAGAAAUGUCAAUGGCAAAAGUUUUAGCCGAGAAUGGCCACAACGUGACAGUGGUUACAACUCUCAAACCUGUUGUGACCCAUAAAAACAUUAAGGUUAUUGAACUACCACCAUCAGAUGAGGAGCAGGAUGCAUGGAAUAAGAUUAUGGGUUCCAUGAUACAGACGGAUAAUACCGAUACGGGUACAGCUCUACUGCGUAUGCGCAGCCAAUUGAAGAGUAUGUUUGAUAAGAAUCGUGACGUCAUGGAAGAUCCUCAAGUGAUAGACCUCUACGAGAACAAGGAUAAUAAGUUUGAUUUGGUUAUGAUUGGAUACUUCAUGAAUAACUUCCAGAUGGGUAUUGCUCAAAAACUCAAGGUACCCAUUGUGAUAGCAACUUCCAUGUUCCAAUGGGGAGUGUUCGAUAGCAUGCUUGGAAAUCCAGCUGACAUCGCUUAUGUUCCGGCUGUGAACGUGCACGUUAAUGAACAUGGCUUAAUGGAUUUUAAACAACGCUUUUUCAACUUUAUAACGUCGUGCUUCGAAAAGCUGUUUGUAUACCUUAUCGAAAAGAUAAUGCCGAAGCUUACUAGUAAUUACCUCUAUGGAAAUGAUUCUAAUAUGCCAUCUUAUGAAGAGCUAAAUAGAAAUGUUUCGCUGGUUCUCUUCAAUUCACAUGGCAUCAGCGAAGGUCCCAUUAGGCCAAAUAUGCCAGGAGUUAUUGAAGUUGGAGGUAUUCAAAUUAAAGAUACACCAGAUCCCUUGCCACAAGCGAUGUCUGAAUUCCUAAAUAAUGCAACUGACGGUGCUAUCCUGCUCAGCUUGGGAUCAAACAUUCAAGGAAAAUUUCUGAAUCCAGAAACUGUUCAGAAGAUGUUCAAAGUUUUGUCAAAAUUGAAACAACGAGUUAUUUGGAAGUGGGAAGAUAUUGACAGCACUCCUGGAAAAUCUGCGAAUAUUAUGUACUCCAAGUGGCUUCCUCAGGAUGAUAUUCUGGCCCAUCCAAAGAUCGUUCUCUUCAUAAACCAUGCUGGACGUGGUGGCAUUACGGAGUCACAGUAUCACGGAAAACCAAUGCUCUCACUUCCAGUCUUUGGAGAUCAACCUGGAAACGCAGAUAAGAUGGUAUCUGAUGGCUUUGGCCUCAGCAUGUCGCUGUUGGCUUUGGAGGAGAAGCCUUUCCGGGAUAAUGUUAUAGAACUUCUCGAAAAUCCGAAGUACACUCAGAAGGUUAAGGCCUUCUCUGAAUUAUUCAGAGAUCGACCAUUGACUGCUCGUCAGACUGUGCUCUACUGGACUGAGUACGUGCUUCGCCAUCAUGGAGCUCCUCAUCUGCAAUCUCCCCUCUUGCGCUUGAGCUUUGUGGAAGCACAUAAUAUUGAUCUCUACGCUGUGAUUUUAGUUGCUCUUGUAGUUAUCCUAUUUAUAAAUAAGAUAGUCUUACAAUUACUCUAUAGAAGAUUAACCGGAAAGUCAAAGAAGAACACAAAUGCUAAAAAGACAAAUUAAAAUUAAUGAAUCUAGCACGAAUUAC